UAGUUUUUCAUACAUAAUACAAAAUACACAUAACCAACAUAAUUCUUGUGUAGCGGUCUCUAUCUGUUCUCGAAUAAUUUUUAACGUUAUUGAUAAAAUGUUGAAUUAUUUUUAUAAAACACUGACAGAAAAUUAGAAAUUGAAAUUAAGAAUUGACAACAAUAAAUAUUUAUUUGGAUGAAAACAAGUGUGUGUAUAUGUGUGGAGUUGUAUAUGUAUGUAUAUAUAAGUGUCAUAUAAAUUAUAUGACAAGUGUAUUUUUUGUAACAUUGAGGAAGAUUACGUUUUAUAUCUGACAUAUACAUUAUGUUGGAAAAACCAUCUGGUCCGGAUAAUCAAUUAUCCAAGGAAGAUUAUUUAAUAAUGAGAGCUAAAGAAGCAUUGCCGAUCGAUAUUUAUGCUGCUAAAUCGUGGCUAAUUACUGCAAAAUCUUUAUUUCCGCAUAGUGCAAAAGUUCAGUUUGAAGCGUAUCGAAUUGAAAAACUGUCAAAAAAUGUAAAAGAAGCGGCAAAAUGCUUCAGCGAAAUAUUUCAAAAUUUUCCGGACGAUCGUGACAUAUGGAAAGAGAUAGAAAUGGUAACAACAUGCCUUCGCUUGGAACAAUGUGACAGUGAGGCAGAAUUUUUGUGUCAAAUGUUUCAACACAUUCCACAGGAUUUGCAGCACAGAUUGCUUGUGAUGACAGCUGAUCACAGCGAAGACACGAUGGAGCAUUGCAAAUUAUUACUCUUAUUACUUCGCAGAUUUCCUCAAACUAUAGCAACUCAUGGACCACGCUUGGUGGAGACUCUCUUAACUGCCGAGAAACAUAGCCAUCCAGGCCGAGCUGUAAAUGGUUUCAGAAGAUUAUUGGCAUGCGAUGCAUUGCCAUUGCUUGGUGCUGCUCCAGUAGAAUUAAAUCCUCGUCUCAGUUUAAGAUUGCUCUGUAAGGCUGUAGAAUUUUAUUUAGCAUAUAUACAGCAGCCACAGGAUGGGCAAAUUCAAAAUCCAUGGGACAGACUUUUCCAAAUAGUGGAAUUAAUAGGCAAGAAAUUAGGAUGGGAAUUGAGCAGUUUAUUUUCUACGUCUUGGAAUCGCGACACGUACAGCGAUAGAUUACAACAGUACGCAAUUGCACACAGUACAGGCCUGUGCGAUGAGCUUAUAGUCAGACAAUUACUGAUGUGUACAGUUGUAAUAUUAUUGAGAAUAUUGAACGAACAUGCCACUCUUAUUAACAAUGACGAGACACUGUAUUGCCUAGUAGAGGCUUUUGGAGAAGGAAUACAUUCUUCCACAGAGCCGAAAUUGAAAAAACGAAAACGAGAGGAUAAUACGGCUGUAAUAGUAACUAGUGACAGUGAUUACAAUGGUAAUGGUCUAGCAUUGGCAGUAAAAUUAUGGGACUUAUUGCACAGCAGUGACUAUCUUCAAAGGGAAAUCGGCAAAUUGAGUCAACAGUUACGAUUAGAUACCUGGUUGAACCCAUUCUUAACGGAUUUGGCAAUGUACAAAGGCUUACAUCAUGAAGUAUUAGCUAGAUUGUCAGUAGAAGGCAAAAGUUUAUCUGUUAAUCUUCGUUUGGCCAGUACAUGUUUCUUUUUGAGAGAUUAUAAGGAAAUGUUGGAACAUAUUGUUCUGGUAGCAAGUUCAUUACCCACAGUAACAGGCAAGGUGUCUCAUAAUUUGACAGUUCCAAGCGUAAGGCAUUUACAUUAUUUGACACUGGCCCGUUUUCCUAUUUUACAAUAUUGUUGCAAAUUGCUUCUUUUAGCUAUAAAGGAAAAUUUUUCAUUACUUGGAAAUGUCGGGGACUUGGCUAUUGGGCAUGCAUUGGUCCUAAUACAGAUAGAUUGGCCACAAGAAGCUAGUACUUUGACUGCGAUAAUGGAACGAAUUCUUAGUCGCGGAAGUUUUUCUUACCCGUUAUUUCAAACGUAUAUAAUAUGCGUAGAUAUUUUGGAAGAAUUAACAUAUUUAUGGACUGAACAUGGUGGUGGAGUAUCACUCGACAUAACUGUAGGCGCGGGGGUUUUACAAAAUCGCCGUAUCGCUACUCGCGGUGCUGAUAAAGGAGUACGCGAGGAGGUAAAGCAAGCCAUGCGUCGACAAGCGGCACGGGACGGCAUUGAUCCUCUAGACGAAUUGUUACAGAAAUUCAUAGUCAAUGAUAAAACCGCCAUCCUACAUGCUUUAAUUAUUUCAUGAAUUAACUUUAGAUCUUGCUAUUUGUUAUGACUUGUGAUACACAGUAAAAUUUUAUAUAUGAAAUAUUUAGAAAUAAUUAUGUUGUUUCAUUCAGUAACAAUGACAAAUAAUUUGUGAAGAUUUUAGAAUGAUGUAGAGUUUUAUACAAUUAAAAGAACAUAUUGCUUUAUUUAUCACAUAAAAUCCCAAUUUACAUAUUAAAUAUAUGUAUUGAGCAUAAAGUGGAAAUUAAAAUUUUGAGAUUUAUAAAAAAA